GUUCAUUACUCGUACUCAAUUGAUGAUGUUGAAUCGCUACCUGAACCACCAUCGUAUGAAGUGGCCAUCAGCAGAUUACGGCAAUUUGAAAAACCACGGGAAUCGAUACGCGACUUUGUGAUACGCCAAAAUGUUAAUGAAGCGUUGAAUCGGAAACUUCGAAGUCGAUCCUCGUCAUUACCACGUUUGCAAACCGCCGAAAUGAAUGAGCUACCAUACCGAUCUCCACCGAGAACUCUCAACUAUCAGAUGGAUCAAAUGCGUAAUCUGGCCAUCGGGAGUCUAGACAAUCUCAAUAACACAUUACGAAGGCGUCGUCUACCCGUGGCACCGCUUCUUGGCUCAUUGACCAAAAUCCCUGGGUCAGUAGUAUUGACUUACUUUAGUAGUUUUUUCCGAUUCUCAUUACUGCUUCUGCUAACUGGUAGGUUAACCAGUACGAUGUUUAGACGAGAGAUGCCUCCAGUUCGAGCUGUACUCGUGGCGUUGGAUCAAUGUGGGUUCCGAACGGUUGUAGUGGAGAAGACACAGCCAGGACCUUUCGGAUUCUACAUUGCAACAGGAAUAAUGAACGGACAGAGAGGAAUUUUUAUCUCUCGAGUGUCGAUCGCUUCGUUGUCCCCCAUGCUAAGCGUGGGCGAUGAAAUCCUCUACGUUGAUGAUCAGCUUGUCAAAGGGAGGAGUUUGGAGACUGUACAAGCACUGAUUGCUGGCAAAACUAAAGUGCUAAUCGUCCUGCAUCCAGCUAUUGGCAAAUACAUUUAUUGA